UCUGUACUGCAUGUUCCUAGUGAUAGAAAACUUCAUUGCGAUUUAAGCGUUCUGUAUCUCUGACUGUCUGCUGUGCCAUUUGUAACGAUGUCGAAUCCAAGCAGUCCUGUGGAUCAUCCUCCUCACCGUUGUCUGGUUGAGUUCCUGCGCGGACUGCGUGAACAGCAGUCGACAGGAACCCUGUGCGAUGUGGUGGUGAAGGGCUGCGAAGAGUCCGCAGUGGGCAUUCCCUGUCAUCGCAAUGUCCUCAGCGUGCACAGCGCCUACUUUCGGGCCGUCUUCACGCAGGGCUGGAAGGACUCUUCUGAGCCUGUCUUUCAGCUGCGCAACAUCGACAGUCGCACAUUGAACGAGUUGGUCAAAUACGCCUACACCUUGAUUGUGGACCUGAACGACAACAACGUGGAGCGCAUCGUGAUUGCCGCGCAGUUCCUGCAGAUGGGUUCGCUAGAGUUGCUGUGCUGGGACUACGUCGAGCAACACAUGCGCGUGUCCAACUACCUGGCCGUUCACACUCUAGCCUCCAACCACCACCAUCCUCGUCUGGCCGCGGCAGCGCUGGAAUUAACCCUUCUCCACUUCCUGCCGGUGGCAGAGAGCCAAGAUUUUUUAGAGCUGGACGCGCAACAGCUGAUUACACUGCUCGCAUCGGAUAACGUGGACGUCUUCAGUGAAGAUCAGGUGUUGCAGGCGGUGCUGCGCUGGUUGGAUUACGACCGUCCGGAACGCUUGGAAGACGCAGCCGCCGUCCUGCAGGUGGUCCGUGUGGCCUUCCUGAGCGAGCAGUGCCGACAGGAUUACUCGAUGAUCCUCACCAGCGCACUGAAGGUUUCGCCACCGUGCCCGAGUCAGACGACCGGAGCUCUGGAAGUGAUCAUAUGCCUGGGCGGCACCUGUCAGGAUCCGAUCCCGGCCGUGUGGCGCCUGCGGGAUCUGCGAAUACUCGUCGAGUGCUGCUCCGCGGUGCUGCUGGAUCCCGGUUGCAUCCUGAUCAACAGCAUGCACUGCGUCGGCCGCGUGCGGCGCAACAGCCGCUACACGGGCUUGUGCCACGAAUGGCGCGAGACGGCCCAAGUCUCGACACUACGCCAGGCGGGAGCGCUGGCGUCCCUGAAUGGGCGCGUCUACGCGGCUGGCGGUUUUGAUCCGUAUGGUGUGGAAGGAUCGGAAGCAGCCCUGUCCUCCGUGGAGACGUACGAUCCCGUGAGCGACUCCUGGAGCGCCGUCGCCGCGCUGCCCGUUGGAUUGAGCGACUUGGCGAUGGUGGCCUGUGAGGGUCGACUGUACGCUUUCGGCGGGUACAACGCGGCGGGGUGUCCAACUGUGUUCUCCUACGAUCCCGCAGCGAAUGCCUGGAGCCGACUGGCCGACAUGCCCACUGGACGCAGUGGUUGUCGUGCCUGUGUGGCGCCCAGCGGUUUGAUUUAUGUUACCGGUGGAGAAACGGGGGAUGCGGCACUGCGUGUGCACGUGGAAGCGUACGAUCGUGUUACCGAUCGGUGGCACAAGAAAG